AUGGCUCGUGUGAGAACUUCAUCCGUGUCACUGCUGCUGCUGCUGAGUCUGGUGGCUCUUGUGAAGGCAGGAAUCAUAAUCCCACAAAGUCCAGGCUGCCCGCAUAUUGAGGACAAGAACUUCCCACAGUAUGUGAGGGUCAACCUAAACAUCCUUAACCGGAACACGAAUUCCAGAAGACCCUCCGAUUACUACAAACGCUCCACCUCACCUUGGACUCUCCACCGCAAUGAAGAUGCUGAGAGGUACCCCUCUGUGAUCUGGGAGGCCAAGUGCAGCCACUCGGGCUGUGUCAAUGCUGAAGGGAAGGUGGACCAUCACAUGAACUCCGUCCCCAUCCAGCAAGAGAUCCUGGUCCUGCGAAGGGAGCCCCAGCACUGCCCCCACUCCUUCCGGCUGGAGAAGAUGCUGGUGGCCGUGGGCUGCACCUGUGUCACCCCCAUUGUCCGCCACAUGGCUUAA